AUGAAUCCAGAAGUUUCCUCUAUUCAUCAACUUGGACCUCCCAUAUUUGAUGGAACAAAUUAUCAAAUGUGGGCUGUCAAAAUGGAAGCCUAUCUUGCUGGAAAUGAUUUGUGGGAGGCUAUAGAAGAUGAUUAUGAAGUACUUCCUCUUCCAAACAAUCCAAUAGUUGCUCAAAUGAGACACCAUAAUGAGAGGAGACAAAGGAAAUCGAAAGCCAGAACAAGUCUAUAUGCAGCUGUCACAUCCACAAUCUUUACCAGAAUCAUGACGUUGAAAAUGGCGCAUGAGAUUUGGAAUUUCUUGAAGAAUGAAUAUGAAGGAGAUGAAAAAAUCAAAGGGAUGCGAGUGUUGAACUUGUUUCGAGAAUUUGAGAUGCAGAAGAUGAAAGAAUCAGAAACUAUCAAGGACUAUUCUGACAGACUCCUUGAUAAAGUCAAUAAAGUAAGACUCCUUGGCACUGAUUUUUCUGAUUCAAGAAUAGUUCAAAAAAUUCUAGUUACAUUCCUUGAAAAGUUUGAAGCUACAAUCGCGGCCUUAGAAAACUCAAAAGAUCUGCCAAGUAUCACCUUGGCAGAAUUGUUAAAUGCACUGCAGGCAUAA